CGGAGCUCCUUCUCAAAAAGCCCCCACUUCCUCUCGUCCGUCUAGUCCGUCGUGAUUCGGACACUCGCUCAGUUCAACUUUUUCAACUACGACAGCGACGACAAAAAAAAACCCCCCAAGAAAGAAAGAAAGACGAAAAAAAAGCUGCACGAUUGAAGGUAACAAGAUAUCUUGGGCUUGCCCUCGAAAGCUGUGCCCUCAUCUUCGUGAACCGGAGCACCUCCCGCCGAACCCCUGAAGCAUAAACAAACCCGGACUACGAACAAAAGACCGAGCUCCGGAUCGGACAUCAACCUCCUGUAUACCUACGCAGCCAGGAACGAGCGAAAGCAAGCGAUCGGACACAAUGGAAUACCAUCACACGCACCCAGGCGCCGCCGCCUACUUCCCUGGCGCGCAGCCCUAUCAGUUCAUAGGCAUGCCGCCAUUGACGCCAUCGCAUUCCAACUCGGGGCCUUCAGAAGAGUUCAACUCCACUCCUCCGGAGCUUUAUACCGAUUACAACCCCCACGAACAGCAGUUCCAGACCUUUGAAAGCUACGCGCCGGCCCCCUUCCCUCAAGUGCCGAACCCUGAUGCGCAACAGCAACCGCCUCAGCGUCACCCACAACAGACCUUCCCUGCGCCACCCACGCCGCCCAAUGCUGCCGCCAUCCACGGUCAUGCACAUGCAGCCCAGAUCCUCAACGGCGGCCCCGGUGGUAUGGUCGUCUCCCCACCGCUUCAGGGACCCAAAGAGGAGGUGACGGAGCAGCAACGAGCGCCUCAACUGGCCCCUAAGACAUCCAGUAACACCGCCGGGGCUGGUUCCAAUAGUGCCGAAGAAGAGGAAUCCGGUCUUGGCACAAAUAAGAGGAAGGCACAAAACAGAGCUGCCCAACGAGCGUUUCGGGAACGCAAAGAACGUCACGUCAAGGACCUCGAGGCCAAGCUGGCCGACCUAGAAGCCGCGCAGCAGCAAGCCGCCACGGAAAACGAGAAGCUGAAGCGGGACCUGCAGAAGAUCAGCACGGAGAACGAGAUAUUGCGAGCGACAACAUCUCACUCCGGAGGCAUGGGCGGCUCUCCAUCUCACAGCCACGGCUCGCCGCCCUUAGAGACAGGCCCCAUGAGGUAUAACCCAACCGACUUCUACAGCGACGUGCUCUCUGGGCACGACAACAAGAGCUUUUCGCACCGUAUCUCGCUCAGUAGCGACGGUGAGAGGCUGUAUGACGCGGGAGCCACGUGGGAUCUGAUUGUAAACCACGACCUGUACAAGCAAGGCCUUGUCGACGUCGCUGAGAUCAGCAACAGUCUCAAGGGACUAGCCAAAUGCGACGGACAGGGACCUGUGUUCAAGGAGAGUGACAUUGUCGCCGCAAUCGAGCAGAGCGUUGCGAACGGAAGCGACACACUGAUAUAAUUGCGAGGCCCAACGCCUAACGGCAAGAAUCCAACGCUCGAUCAAGGCGUUGCUUGACAGCAACUCGAUCUCUAGCUUCUAUUUGUCUUUGAUUGAAAGCUUUUGAGUCAGGGACUUUGCCUCUACUCUUUUUUUUCUUUUCGAGCUGUCACAAAUUGAAAAAAAAAAUUGUCUUCUUAAAGUGGUAUAUUUUGGUCAUCCCCUACGACGGGACUUUAUUAUUUAUAUCUUAGUUCGGGGUCAAAACAGGUGGAAUCUGGCUAUUUACGGCGGAGCAGGGUAAGCGUUCGGCGUCCUUUUGGUUCUUGCUCUCUUUCCUUGUUUCUCUCAAUUGCCCGGGAAUAUUUUGUAGUACUUUUUUUUCCUUUCCUUUUUUUCUCUUUUAUUUAUAUUUCUGUCUUCUGGAUACCUUGCUCAUUCUUCCGAAACUACCAUCUCUUCACCUUCUUGGUGCACAUUCAUUUUGUCAGGUAGACAUGAAGUUAUGUGGUUACGUCUCGAGCACUUUUGGAGUUUAUAACUGAUUUUGCCUCUUCGAUCAAGCACUGUAAAAAAAGAGACCGAUCCAGACUUGGUGGCGUAAAUAGUUCGACAACAACUCAGUGAUCAUUUUGGGUAGUCUGGUUCUGAUCAAACCACACCCCCCCCUCCCCCGGGUAGUUACUGCCCUCAUCCUACGCUGUACUUCAUCUAGGUCUAGA